CAAGCGCAUUUAGGGCUUUUUUCCCUUCAUCUACACGUGUGAAACUUCCCGGCAAGGCUUUCGAGAAAAAUGCCCAAAUUGAAGGCGGCCCGCGGGGCCAGGGGUCAGGAAAAGCAUGCGCCCCUGGCCGAGCAAAUCCUGGCUGGGCACGCGGUGCGGGCAGGGGCCCGGGAAAAGCGACGGGGUCGCGGAACCGGAGAAGAGGAGGAAGAGUACGUGGGGCCCCGGCUGACCCGACGGAUUUUGCAGCAAGCGCGGCAACAGCAAGAGGAGCUCGAGGCCGAGCAUGGGACCGGGGGCAGGCCCGCGGCGCCGCGGGAGCGCACCACGCGGCUGGGAGUGCCACAGGAUGGAUCAGAUGACGAGGAGUGGCCCACUCUGGAGAAGGCUGCCACCAUGACAGGGCCAGGCUACCACGCGGAGGUGGUUGUGGACCCCGAGGAUGAGCGGGCCAUUGAGAUGUUCAUGAACAAGAACCCUCCUGCCAGGCGCACCCUAGCUGACAUCAUCAUGGAGAAGUUAACUGAGAAGCAGACGGAAGUCGAGACGGUCAUGUCCGAGGUGUCAGGCUUCCCUGUGCCCCAGCUGGACCCCCGGGUCCUGGAGGUCUACAGAGGGGUCCGGGAGGUGUUGUCUAAGUACCGCAGUGGGAAACUGCCCAAGGCAUUUAAGAUCAUCCCUGCCCUCUCCAGCUGGGAGCAAAUCCUCUACGUCACAGAGCCUGAGGCCUGGACCGCUGCUGCCAUGCACCAAGCCACGAGGAUUUUCGCCUCUAACCUAAAGGAACGUAUGGCCCAGCGCUUCUAUAACCUGGUCCUGCUCCCCCGGGUACGAGAUGACAUUGCUGAGUACAAACGACUCAACUUCCACCUCUACAUGGCACUGAAGAAGGCUCUAUUCAAGCCUGGAGCCUGGUUUAAAGGCAUCCUGAUCCCGCUGUGUGAGUCGGGCACCUGUACCCUCCGGGAAGCCAUCAUCGUGGGCAGCAUCAUCACCAAGUGCUCCAUCCCUGUGUUGCACUCCAGUGCAGCCAUGCUGAAAAUCGCAGAGAUGGAGUACAGCGGUGCCACCAGCAUCUUCCUGAGGCUGCUGCUGGAUAAGAAGUACGCACUGCCCUACCGGGUGCUGGACGCCUUGGUCUUCCACUUCCUGGGUUUCCGGACGGAGAAGCGUGAGCUGCCCGUGCUCUGGCACCAGUGCCUCCUGACUUUGGUCCAGCGCUACAAGGCUGACCUGGCCACAGAGCAGAAGGAGGCCCUCCUGGAACUGCUCCGGCUGCAGCCCCAUCCCCUGCUGUCCCCCGAGAUCAGGCGUGAGCUUCAGAGUGCCAUCCCCCGAGACGUAGAAGACGUUCCCAUCACCAUGGAGUGACGAAGCGGUGCUCGUCCUGGUCUGCAGGGCAGGGGAGGACUCCAGGAUCCCUGCUGCUGACUGAAGGUGACACUGAGCCUUUAUAGCUGAAGACCCAGUUCAGGGCCACGAGAGGUCACGGGCCUCUGAUUCCCCAGUUCCUGACGGGGAGAACUGAGUCUGGCCGGCUCUGUCUUCCAUUCUAGGCCUGCAUCCCUGCUCAGUUCUGGGACCUGACUUGAAACUCCACAGCCUAACCGUCCCACUUCCCCGCUGGGGGGUUGGAGUGGGUACUUUCUCUCAGGCUGUUGUGUCAGUUCACUGGGAGGUAGAUAAAAACAAGAGGCAGGUAUUUAUUGAA